ACCUGGGCGACGUAGGCGUUGAACCAGAUGAGCGGCGGGAUCCAAGUCGCGUAGCGGAAGAGGUAGUGCGAGACUUGGCGGAGGAACCUGGACCGGCCGCCGCGGUUGGCUGUCCAUGUUGCCAUUCGGGGAGUUGGGAUGUGCGGGUGGUGAUGUGAAGACCCUGUGUAAGUCGGGUGGAUGAGAUCAACGUAUGCAAGUGGGUUUUUGGGCCAUCAACCAUACCUUAACAGCCGCAAUCACAACUCAGUGAAACGGCAACCCGCCUUUCCCUACGUUUCUUCUGUUAUCCUUAUAUUUAAUUUUCCCUUCCAUUUUUGCUUUCUAUCCUGCUGUGUGAUUCAAGGUUUCCGUGUCUUUCUAAAGCGGGAUGGGGAAUAUGACGAUAAGCAGCCUGCCUCGAUUGUUGCAUAUCACCACGCAUACGGCUCCCAGCCUCUCACACACGAUCAUGUCCCUGUCAAGCAUGAUUCAUUCCCUUUUGUUUUCCGCUACGGCCCCAAGAUAGCUACCUGUGUCCGUCUACCGUGUCUGCCCUUUUAGGUUCCCGAGACGCCUCCCAGUACCAACGGUCCUGAUGACCUACUCGCUGUCCCGUCCAUCGCGGGGUAUUCGGUAGUCCAUGAAACAAAUGCCUGAAUCACCAUUGCCCGUCCCAACGACUGCGAGA